UCAUAAUUGCAUAAAAUCAGUAGUAUGUAAAUAUUAACUUAUAGAAACUUUGUUCAUCUUUCGGCGGAGAAAGAUCGACUUAUAGAAAAUCAGUAGUGGAGAAAAUGUCAGAAACGACGUUUAUGUCUUCUUCCAAAGAAAAUAAGUUUUCAUCUACAUGUAGCACUUAUUUGACAUUAUUUGGAUAUUCCGCAGGACUGUCAGAUAUAUGGAGAUUUCCAUUUUUGGCAUACAGGAACGGAGGAGGAGCUUUUCUCAUACCAUUCGUCAUAAUGGUAUUUGUUUGUGGAAUCCCAUUGUAUUUCCUGGAAUACUCGAUUGGAAAAUUUUCCGGAAAAGGGCCAUACCAAAUCUGGGACGCAAACCCUUUAUUUAGAGGCGUCGGUGUCACGGUAAGCGCUGGAAAUGUAAUCUACAUGGUAGGAAUGAGCAUCUUCCGUUGCUGGAUGGUGGAAUUUAUCAUACAUGCCUUCCAAAAUCCCGUUCCAUGGAGUCACUGCAGGAACGAAUGGAAUACACCUUUCUGUAGAGACAACAAUGCUUUGAUAAGCGUCGACAAUGAAACUGAUACAGGCGUAUCACCAAACAUUCCGUCCAAUGUGAGCAGUUAUGACAUUACUACAAGCGCUUUUACUGUUAUGGAACAAUCGAGCCAAAUGUCAUGGACUACAAACAUUUCAGGACUUGCCAAUGUAUCAGGGACACCCAUGUCAGCUGUGGAAGAGUUUUGGCAGUACCAAGUUCUACAACUCUCUUCCGGAGUAUCGGAUUUUAAUCCCGUUAUUUUGCGAUACUUUCUGUACAUGUUUCUCUUUCGACUCGUUAUACUUCUGGGCAGCGUAAAGAGUAUCAAAUCAAUUGAAAAGGUGAUCUAUGUGACGGCAACAGUACCUUUUAUCCUGACACUGGCCAUAUUUGUACGGUCCUUGAUGUUGCCAGGGUCCGGGGAUGGUCUCCGUUACUUCUUCUAUCCAGACUUUGAUAAAAUGCUGAAGGCUAAGGUAUGGAUAGAAGCAACUCUGAUGGCAUUCUACACCUUGGCCUUUGGUUGGGGAGCUAUCGUCUUGAUGGGGUCUCAUGCAGACUUUAAAGACAAUUGUCUAAGGACGUCAAUCGUACUUCCGAUUAUAGACAUGCUAAUGGCUAUUUUUAGUGGUAUGGUCUGUUUCUGUGUUCUUGGUAAUAUGGCACAUUCCUAUGGUGUUCACAUCACAGAAGUGAUAAAUGCAGGAAUGGCGACAGGGAUAGUUGCGUACAUCACGGCAUUGACGUCAUUUCCUGUUCCUCAACUGUGGACAUCUUUAUUCCUCAUGUCUGUUCUCUUAACGGGGGUUGACUCGCAACUUAUUCCUUUUGACAUGAUCAUGCAGUUGAUUGGCGACCUAUUCCCGCGUGCAAAAUCUGGAAGCCGAAUCUACGCAUUGAUUGGGGUCAGCCUGGUUAUAUUUCUUCCGUCUCUACUUCUUUGUACUGGGGCAGGUGCCUAUAUAUUCCUGUGGAUUGAUUGGUAUGGAGGGGCCUGGGUUGGGCCAAUCGUCGCCUUUGUUGAAAUAGUCGCUAUUGCCUGGAUCUAUGGUAGAAUUCUUAUAUUGUCAUUAGAGUUGAUGUUCCCAUGUCAUAUAUUUUAAAUAUUCAUGCUGAAUCUAUUUCCAAUUUUUAUUGAGUAAUGCGGUUGGAUAGAUUUAGAGAAGAUACCUAGGAUGGAUAUCUUCAUUUGUAUCAUCUUUUUAUUGGCAAGACCG